CGCGGGAGCCUCGCCGAGUGAGCAAGGGGCCAGUCCGCUACGAAGGCCGUGCUUACCUCUGAGAACAUUAGGUGAAAUAUAAAUUUACGUUUGGAUUUAGUGUCGUGUGUAAAGUUUACAGAGACUUUGGUAUAUAACAAGUUCUUCGCAACUUCACUAUGUAUGUAACUGUGUUGUGGACGGCGCUAAGCCUGGCACUCGGGGUGGAGGUCCAGGGAGAGAUCAUCCGGGGCCUGCCAUGCAUCCAGAGACACAAUCAGCUGUUUUGCCGCACAGCUGGCACCUCUUACCCUACUGAAAAGAUCGAGCGGUUCAUCGACGAAAACAAAGCCCUUAUGCGAAGAAUGUAUGGUGAAUUUCUAGAUAAUUUCGACACUAUACAACAGUCGAUCCAGCAAUCCCAAAGCAGUGGUCGUACCUUCCGCACGGGUCGUUCCGUCGAGUCCUUCGCCGACCAGAUUCCCGAACUCAUGAUGGACUACCACCCUGACGACCAGCGCGGCGAGUCGUUCUUCCGUCACAUCCGGAACAAGCGCCAGUCUCUCCCAGGCAGCAUCAACACAAAUCCGGACAGAGUCGACUCGUGCGAGAGCAAGACGGAGAUCGUGACCCCCUACUGGGCCAACAACUCGGCAGGCAAAGUGCGGGCCAUCGUCAACACUAAUGAGUUCUCGCAGGCCAUUCACCAGGAGGUUUGCGUCAAGCAGUCGACGAAGCGGUGCGGGGGCGAGUGCGCGUGCGAGCAGAAGUACAAGUGGCACCGUCUCUUGGCCUACGACCCUGACAACGACUGCCGAGGAAUCUUCAUGGAUUGGUUCCUCUUCCCGUCUUGCUGUUCCUGUCGGUGCACUCCUCUCUAAGGACGCGAUUCUAGGAUCGGG